AUGGAGGUGGAGGCGCUGCCCGACUGGCUGGCGGGGAUGGAGCUGGCCAGCAGCGGCGAGGCGGCGGGGGCCGUCAGCUCGAGGGCGACCGGCCGAGGGAAGAAGAAGGCGCUCAGGAAGGCCCUCAACCGUGAGAAGAAGCCCUCGUCGUACAGGAACAAUCGCCGGGAGCCAGAACGCGGGGAGUUCAUCAAGUUCCUCAGGGAGGAGGUGCCCAAGGAGACGAGGGAGGAGGACUGCAUCGUCGACUACCGUGACCUCUGGGACUGUCUCUUCUCCGACCGCUUCGGUUCCUUCGACGACCAAACGGCUCUUGGCCCGAUGCGCCAUACCUUCGGACCAAUCCCGCCGUACGCCGCUUCCGAUUGUACCUUGCAGAUCUUCUACAUCCGAGUCGCGGAGAUCAGCAAAGGUGGUCUCCAGUGGCCUCUGCAUGUCCAUGGCUUGGUUGCCGUCAGGGACUCUGUAGAUCACAAUCGCAACUUCCUCUUCAACCGGGCAAGGGAUGACUGCCAAAUUCUCACCCAAGAGGAUCCAUUUUUGAUAUUAACUGGUCCAUCUCGUGCGCUCCUGUUAAUUGACCCGAUUACUAUUGAAGUUCAGCUCAAAGUAAAGAGCAAAGCAGAGCCUGAAAAGGAUGAAGUACUGGGAGUGGUAGUCUUCGACUACCACAAAGCUUACCAUUCUGAUGAGGUGGAAUCUCCACGGAUCCUCUGCAAGCGCUGCACGCUUGAGUUCGCAUACGCGCCGCUGCUUCCUUCAGUUGAGGCCACCGUCACCCUCCAAGUUAUCGAUGGGUCAUGGGACGAUCGUUUCCAAGGAGUUGUCACCUGCCGUACUACCAGAUUGAAAAAAGGGGAGAUUGUGUUGCUUGACUCUCGGGAUGGAAAAAUGCCUGUCGAUUCGGAUGGUGUGAUCGAGCUUUCGAGGCGUGUUGUUUCUGUAGAAGAAAGGGGACAACUGUUAGUUUCCGUGCUGGCCCGUCCGAUGGGUAAUGACCAAGGUUUGGUUGCAACGGAGGAUACCGUUGUCUUUACACAGAUGAACGCCGGCACAAGCUGUGGCACGUGCCAUCUUGGUUUCUGUAAGAUGCAAGUUACUGUUGCUUGGUCCCUUCUUUCUACCCUGGAAGACAUGUGGCUUGCUGAUGAACACGGUGUAUCUUGA